AUGCGUAGCCACGCUCUCCCUAUUGCCCUGGGCCUGGCACCCGUCGCUUCUGCCGCUCUCUAUGACACCGUCAUCGAUACCAAGUAUGGCCCUGUGAAAGGUUACCCUGCCUUCAACAGCACCAACACUGGCAACAUGACGAACUGGAAGGACAUCACCGUCUGGAAGGGCAUCCCCUUUGCAGCCACUACUGGCCCCCAGCCUGCAAGCGCCUGGACCGAUACUUUGGAUGCCCGAACCUGGGGCCCUGUCUGCCCUUCUGCUACCACUGGCAACAACGACUACACCAUCAACGAAGACUGCCUGAACCUCAACAUUUGGUCUCCUGCUCAGAAGACUGAUGCUAAGCUUCCUGUGGUCAUGUGGAGUUACCCGGCUGAGUCAACUGCUGCCGACGCUCUCUUUGAUGGCGGUGGUAUGGCGGAUAAGGGCAUCGUCUUCGUCAACUACAACUACCGUACCGGUCCCUUCGGAUGGCUCGCUCACUCUGAGCUCUCUGAGGAGUUUGAGAAGGUUACUGGAUCCAAUAGUUCUGGUAACUGGGGUAUGCUCGAUCAGAUUGCCGCUCUGAAGUGGAUCCAUGCCAACAUUGCCGACUUUGGUGGUGAUCCCGACCACAUCACUGUGCAGGGUCAGUCUGCUGGAUCAGCUGCUACUCAGCACAUCUUGUACAGUGAGCUUACUAAGGACCUGAUUGUCGGAGCUAUCAUUGAGAGUGGUGUCCGUGACCCUCACGACCCUCUUUGCACUAGCCUUGCGGAGGCCUAUACCACUCUGGAUGACGCUCUGGAGGAUGGUGACACUUAUCUCUCGAACCUGGGUGUCUCCAGCAUUGCGGCGGCUCGUAACCUGACUAUGGAGGAGCUGAUCAACGGUGCCACUGGCACUACCCGUGAAGAUACUAUUAUGUUCGAGGCUGUUCUCGACUACUACGCUAUGCCUGACACCUAUCUCAACAUUUUGAAGAAGGGACUGGCCCACGAUGUCCCUGUGAUCACCGGAAACAACAAGGACGAGAACGGUGCCACUUAUGGACUUCAGCUCACUCUCGAGGAGUACCUCGAAGACGUCAACGAGACUUACAGCGGUGUCUGGAUCGACCGUUUCCUCGAGCUCUACCCUGCCAACAGCUCCACCGCCGCCGGUGCUUAUAACUCCAUGUUCACCGAUCGAUCAAAGGUUGGAACUUGGUUCUGGACCCAGCUCUGGUACGAGGCCAAGAGCUCCAAAGUCUGGAACUACUUCUGGGAUCACGCUCCUCCUGGCCAGACCUCCGGUGCUUACCACGAAUCUGAGAUCAACUAUGUCCUGAACAACCUCUAUGCCACUGACCUGCCUUGGACUGCUGAGGAUUACGAGAUUGCCAAGAAGAUGAACGAUUACUGGGCCAACUUCAUCAAGACUGGUAACCCCAACGGCGAGGAUACCACCGUGGCCUGGCCUGCUGUUAGCUCCAAGAAGCUUGUUCAGCAUGUUGGUGAUGGAUGGGGCCAGAUUCCUAUUGCCUGGAGCAAGAAGGUUACCCUCUUCAAGGAGUGGUUCGCAACUUUGGUUGCUUACUAG